UUACCAAACUAUAGAGGAAACCUUUUAUUUAUAAUUCAUUCAAUAAAAUUAAUUCAACCAUGGCAGUUGUAUCUCCUUCGUGUCAUUGCCGAAGCGGUGCCUUUUGGCACAACCUCUUCAGGUUACAAUGCAUUCUCUCGCUCUUGCUCGUCGCCGUUUCAACUCCUCCGGAGGAUCCCGUCAAGUGUGCCUCCGGGAACACCAACUGUACGGUCACGAACUCGUACGGAGCAUUCCCCGACCGGUCCACCUGUCGGGCAGCCAACGUGGCAUACCCGACAAACGAAGCUGAACUCGUAUCCAUCGUAGCCGCCGCCACGAGGGCACAACGAAAGAUGCGUGUGGUCACGCGCUUCGGACACAGCAUCCCGAAACUAGCGUGUACGGACGGCAAAGACGGUCUCCUCAUAAGCACCAAGUUCUUGAACCGGACGUUGAAAGCUGACCCGGCGGCCUUAACGCUGACGGUGGAGAGCGGCGUUUCGCUGCGGCAGCUCAUAGGCGAGGCUGCCAAGGCGGGGAUGGCUUUGCCGUACGCACCGUACUGGUGGGGGCUAACGGUCGGCGGUUUGAUGGGGACGGGGGCUCAUGGCAGCUCGUUGUGGGGCAAAGGAAGCGCGAUUCAUGAUUACGUGACGGAGAUUCAGAUGGUGAGCCCUGGCUCUGCCGACGAAGGGUUUGUUAGGGUUAGGGUUCUCAAUGAGAGUACCCUCAACGAGUUUAACGCGGCUAAGGUUUCUCUCGGUGUUCUUGGUGUUAUCUCUCAGGUCACUUUUAAAUUGCAACCGAUGUUCAAAAGAUCGUUAACGUACGUAAUGAAGAACGAUUCAGAUUUCGGCGACCAGGCCAUGACUUUUGGUAAGAAACACGAAUUUGCGGAUCUAUUGUGGUAUCCGACCCAAGGGAAAGUUGUCUAUCGAAUCGACGACCGAGUUCCCUCGAAUACGUCCGGCAACGGUCUGUACGAUUUCUUGCCGUUCCGUUCGCAGCUUUCGGCGGCCUUAGCCAUAAUCAGAUCCACAGAGGAAACCCAAGAGGCUUUGAGAGAUGCGAACGGGAAAUGCAUCGGUGCCAAGUUGAUCACGUCUACCUUAUUUGCUUCCGCCUAUGGUUUAACGAGCAACGGAGUCAUAUUCACGGGGUAUCCCGUGGUCGGAAACCAAAGCCGAAUGAUGUCGUCGGGAACGUGUCUGGACAGCCUUCAGGACGGAAUGAUCACGGCUUGCGCGUGGGACUCACGCAUAAAAGGCGAGUUCUUUCACCAGACAACCUUCAGCAUUCCCCUAACGCGCGUCAAAGACUUCAUCAACGACGUCAAAGCCCUCCUCAAGAUCGAACCCAAAUCUUUAUGCGGCCUCGAACUCUACUACGGUUUCCUCAUGCGCUACGUCACCGCCUCGCCGGCCUAUUUGGGCAAAGAGGUCGAAGCCCUGGACUUCGACCUGACUUAUUACAGGAGCAAAGACCCUCUAACGCCUCGUCUCUUCGAAGAUUACAUCGAAGAGAUCGAACAGAUGGCGUUGUUCAAGUACAAUGCCUUGCCGCAUUGGGGGAAGAACAGGAACGUUGCGUUCGAUGGGGUGAUCAAGAAGUAUAAGAACGCACCCGAUUUCUUGAGGGUUAAGGAGAAAUACGAUCCCUCGGGGCUAUUCUCGAGCGAGUGGACGAAUCAAAUACUUGGUUUGAAGGGUAAUGUAACGAUUGUGAAAGAAAGCUGUGCCUUGGAGGGUUUGUGCAUUUGCUCGGAGGAUAUCCACUGUGCUCCAAAAAAAGGAUAUUUCUGUCAAUCCGGAAAAGUUUACAAGGAGGCUAGGGUUUGUGCUCGUGCGAGCGAUACAAGAAGGGUCGAGUUAUGAUUCUAAACCGUUCUUCAUAAAUAUGAUUUUGUCGGGAAAAUAAUAAGCCAAAGUUCGUUCUUGUCGGG